ACUAAGAUUAAAUGUUCCGACUUCUUCACUCAUAAGGAAUAGUCUUAAUAUGCUGAUAUGGUGGUAUAAAAGUCAAGGUUGUCAUGUAGCCGAUUCACAGGACUUUUCUGAGCCAUGGACACGCAGAGGCCUUUCCUCGAAUCGACCAUGUUUAACUUCGUCAGCGACAUGAACUGCGAAGUGCCUCCGCGUUCAGUUUUUGGAGUUUCAGAAGGCCUAGACACGUCACUCACUUACCACAUGGACUAUCACGGAGUACGUGAAGACUUCACCUCCGCUAUUAACGGGUUUGAUGAAAGUGAAGGUGAAAGUGACGUCCGGAAGACACCAAAGCGAAAGCGUGUAAUCACCAGCGUGCAGCGUCGAGCCGCCAACAUCCGCGAGCGCAGGAGAAUGUUCAGCCUUAACGAGGCUUUCGAUGAGCUCAGGAGAAAAGUGCCGACCUUCGCCUACGAGAAGAGGCUGUCGAGGAUCGAGACGCUGCGCCUCGCCAUCGUGUACAUCUCUUUUAUGACGGAAUUAUUGGAAAAAUGA